CUUGGAGAAUCACACGGGUCAAUUUCUCAAGACGCCGGUUGUAUGAAAAUGACAUACUUGACGAAUUUAUUACUAGUUUUGAUCCUGAACCAAGUCCUGGCUUCAGAAGAAAACUUAGGAACCAUCAUAUUCUCCAGUGUGCUGUACCGCCACGGGGACCGCUCGCCAACACGCUCAUACCCCAACGACCCGUACAACGAUGUGGCGCGCUACUGGCCCAGAGGAUACGGUCAGCUGUCAGAGAUCGGUGAGGAGCAGCACUACAGGCUGGGCUCGUACCUCAGACAGAGAUACUCUGACCUGCUACCUCUGACGUACAACUACAACGACACCCACAUCAGGAGCACGGAUGUGGACCGCACGCUGGCGAGCGCCCUCUGCAACUUGGCGGGGCUGUACCCGCCGUCCAACAAGUCGCGCGUCUGGCCCCACGUCGCCUUCCAGGCCAUCCCGGUGCACACCGAGACCCAGGACCACGACCACCUUCUGCAGUCGACGUACUCUUGUCGCAAGUACAACAAAGUGCUGUCAUACGUGGAGAGGUCCAAAGAGUACCAGUGCGUCAUGAACCUGACGGCACGGCUUCAGAAGGAGGUGGCAGCUUUUGCUGGGUAUUCGACAUAUACUUCAGUAAUCUACGACAUCCUUUUUAUCGAGGAGCUGUACAACUUGACUCUGCCCAGCUGGGUGUGGUCAUACUACCCAAACCCUUUGAAGAACCUGCACUUGUUCGACGAAUUCAUCACCGCUGCAGGAACAACCGAACUACAGAGACUGUCUGCAGGUCCCAUGCUGAAGGAGAUCAUCGAGAACAUGCAGCGCAAGAUCAACGGCACGCUCAACCCUGACCGAAGUCUGUACGUGUACUCGGCUCACGACUCCACCAUUGUCAACACCCUCCAGGCCCUGAAAGUAUUCAACGGAAUUUUGGUUCCAUACGCGUCUACGGUGCUCACUGAACUCAGAGCGUUGAACAACAGUUAUUACGUCACGGUGUCGUACAAGAACAGCACGGAGACGGAGCCGUACCUCCUGCAGCUGCCGGGAUGCGACUCCCUGUGCCCUCUGGACCAGUUCGUGGAGCUGACCAAGGAGGUCAUCCCCGACGACCUGGACACCGAGUGCGCCGAGGAAGUGACGGCAGGGACGGAGUACCUCUUCCAGGUCCCCGCCGCCGCUAUUCUGCCGGAAUGGGAAAAAUGUUUCAAGAGACCGAAGUCUGAAGAUGGUCUGUUCCAUUUCCUAUCAUUUACGGUGCCACCUGGCAACUAAUGAAGAAAAGGUUUUGCGCGCCCAAUUUAAAUAAAGCGCUGUUAUAGUCA